AUGACUACGUCUACGUCUGUGUUCGGGGCUCCGCUGCUCCGCCCGCUGGUGCUGCUGGCGGUGGGCGCGGCGUCGGUGUAUGUCGUAUCGGAGGGGUGGGCGCGGAGGAAAAGAUGGCUGCGCGCGUUUUCGUCUGGCCUUCGACGCCUAGCAGCGCCGGACACGGUGCAUGGCACGGACCUGCGCGUCGCGCGAAUCAUGAUCUACCCCAUCAAGAGCUGCGCGGGGAUCGAGCUGGAGAGCAGCACGUACGACCGGGAAGGCUUCGAGUUCGACCGGCAGUGGAUGGUCGUUGAUGUCGAGAAGAAUAAGCAGCUGUCUGCAAGGGAUAACCGGGGCAUCAAGCUCGUACGCGUCUUCCCCUCUAUCCAUCGCGACCCGUCUUCUCCCGAUGGCGGCGUGCUGACGGUAUCCUUCCCGGACUCGCCCGACACGCCGUCCUUCUCCGUCCCGCUGCGCCCAACGCCCGAGACGCUCUCCUCUUGGGAAAUCCACGCCGGGUUCGACCUCUGGGGACAUGCCGGCGCGGGCUACGUCGCCCAGAGCAGCGACAACGAUGCGCUAUCAACCCCGUCCGAAAUCCUGUCGGCGUAUAUCGGCCGCCCGGUGCUCUUCGUGACGACGCACGGCUCGCUCGCGCGCCGGCCGACGGAGCAGAUCGGGUGGGCGCCGGACGACCUCGGGUACGCCGGCGGGUCGACCGUGCGCUACCCGGACGCGACGCCGUUCCUGCUCGUGUCGACGGCCUCGCUCGUGGACGCGGAGGCGCACGUGCAUGCGCUCGCAAGGGGCGAGUAUGAGCAGAAGGUGGCCGGGUGCAAGCCGGACGAGCCGCGGCCACGUGUUGAUGCGUGGGCGGCGCGUGAUGCGAAGAGGCUGUUGAUAGAGCGGUUCCGCCCGAAUGUGGUGGUUGAGGGCGUGGAGGAGGCGUAUGGCGAGGAUGAUUGGCAGGAGAUUAGAGCGCCGGAUGGCCGGAGUUUCCUCUUGCCAAUGCGCUGUCCGCGAUGCAUGUUCCCGAAUGUGGACACCGACUCCGGCGAACGCGACCCGCAGAUGCCGAACAACGCGAUGAUGCAGUAUCGCCGCGUCGAGGCAGCGGUCCCGGCGAAGUACUGCUUCGGGAUGUACAUGAUCCCCGUGCAAGACAGCGGCGUGCUGAGCGUCGGGGACCCGCUUGUGGUGACGCGCAGCGCGAUCAAUCCCAGACUCGCGAUGUGA